ACUUGCAAGAGAUGUUCCUCGGCGUUUGCUGCAUGGAGCUGCCUCAUUGAGUUGCGGCUGGGGCAUGCUGGGCAAGCGAAAGAAGGAGGUGCUUGCUCCAAGAGCAAAAGCCCAGAAGGAGAGCGGCAAGCCGAAGUGGAAGGAGGAGUUGGAAGAGGAGGAGUCCAGCGAAGAGCAGAUCACAGCACAGGAUUUGGAAGAAUGGCGCAAGAGAGAGGAAGCGGAACGCAAGGAAAGGGAGGCCAGAGAAGCAGAGGAAACGAGAAAGAGGAGAGAGGAAGAACGGGCCGCGAAGGAACGUGAGCGUGAAAGAAAGGAAAGGGAGAAAGACAAAAGUGAGUCUUCCAGUUCACGGAGUUCACGGUCUCGGUCCCGGUCCUCGUCUUCCUCUCGAUCCCGCUCAAAAAGUCGGCGACCGACAGGUUGGGAUGUGGCUGACAACAACUUGGUGCCUGCGGCCGCACUGGCCACGGACAGGCCUGCGCCCGUGGCAGUGGUGCCCAUCGCGCCCAUCGUGCCCCCACCUCCUCCAGCACCCCGUGCCAUCGAACCACCCAGAUCUGCAUCCCCAAUACAGCCGCCACCCCCAGAUCCUAGCACCACAAUCAGACCGCCGCCCCCACCGCCACCACCAGGACUCAAUGGACAUGUGCCCCCCGUUUUUCAGCAGUUCCCUCACAAUCUUGGAUACAAUCAUACCAGCCAAGACCGUGGGCAACUCCAAGCUCAGCAGCCCUUCACACAUCCGGCCCAGCAGUGGUCAGCCCCUGCCCCAUGGCAGGCAAUGCAAGGAAUGCAGGGAGUGCAAGGAAUGCAAGGAGUGCAAGGAGUGCAAGGAAUGCAAGGAAUGCAAGCAAUGCAAGCAAUGCAAGCAAUGCAAGGAGUGCAAGGGAUGGCACAGCCGCACCCAGGCGCGCAAGCCUGGCCAGGCACUCUGCACCAAAUGUGGCAGUCUGCGCCUCAAGCAGCACAGGCAGCGGCCGCGCAGGCCGCGCAAGCGCAGGCGCAGGCACAGGCGUUUCCAGAAGUGUGGUGACCUUCACCAUUGCCUUGAACAACAAAGGGGAGCCACAAGCUCGAAAUGUCAUGAAGCGCGAGGAGGCGCAGGCGCGCCAUUUCCAGGCCUCGCUGCGAGGUCCUGAGUGAGCAUUGAUCUUGUCUUGCGAGUGCC